AUGGAUUACAAAAAUUUGAAAACUAUGUUUAUCAGUAGCAUAUUUCAGGGCAGAGUAAAUCAGUUAGGAGGAGUGUUCAUAAACGGUCGCCCGCUACCGCAGCAUAUACGUUUGAAAAUUAUUGAAAUGGCCAGUAAAGGAAUUAAACCGUGUCACAUAAGUCGACAACUUCGAGUUUCACAUGGUGCUGUGUCAAAGAUUCUGAAUCGUUAUGCAGAAACUGGCUCAAUCCUACCUGGACAGCUGAACGAUAAAGGUGAUAGUGAUGAUGAUGGUUGGAAAUUGAUUGGUGGUAAUCCCCGGUCACGAAUUUCUGUUCAAGCGGUUGAAAAGCAUAUUUUGGCGUUGAAAACUGAACAGCCAAACUUGUGUGCCAGCGAACUGAGAUCCUGUCUUAUUGAACGUGAAAUAUGUUCAAAUGAUACCGCUCCAACUGUUUCGUCGAUUAACAGGUUAACUGCAGCGGCAGCAGCAUUAGUAUCAAUGAGUGAUGACGAUGACGGUGACGGUGACGACGGUGACAAUUGCGAUGAUAAUAGGGGUAAUAAUUGGGGCGCUAUAAAUGAGUGUCUGUGGGCAUUUUAG